GCGUGGCGAGGAGGCUGGCGGGAUGGGCGUGGCCUGAAGUUUGGUGCUCGCUGGGGGCGGGGCCGCAUGGUUUUCAGCGGGGUGGAAGGCCCGCGCUGGAAGUUGGUGCGCUCUUCCUCCGGAAGUUUUGUCCUGGCUAGACAGUGCAGGAUUCACUGGGGAAGCCAUGUUUGGCCCACGUUCGGGCUAGGAGGCGUCCUCAGGUGGUCCGGGAUUGGCCUCCAACUGAGAUCCCCUGGUUCCUAGCCUCCUGAGAAGGAGCCCCAAGUGGCGAUCCAGAUUCUGUGGUGGAGCUUACUGGGACCUUGGUUCAGCCAGCCAAAUGGCAGCCACACUGGAUUUGAAAUCCAAGGAGGAGAAGGAUUCGGAGUUGGACAAGAGGAUUGAGGCUCUCCGGCGGAAGAAUGAGGCCCUCAUCCGGCGCUACCAGGAGAUCGAGGAGGACCGGAAGAAGGCUGAGCUGGAGGGGGUAGCCGUCACAGCACCCCGGAAGGGCCGCUCACUGGAGAAGGAAGAUGUGGCAGCAGACAUGGAGAAGAACCUGGGCCCACCUCGGAGGUCUCCUGGAGCCCAUCAGCCUUCAGGGGCCAGCAAGGGAGGUCGGCCUCCCCCGCGGCAGGGAAGUCGGACAAACCUAGGCCGGGGUCCCCAUGGCUGGGAAGACACUUCUGGGGAGCAACCACGAAGGGCUGGAGGCAGAGGCCGGAGGGGCCGGGGUCGGGGCUCCCCUCAUCUCUCAGGAGCAGGAGAUGCUUCAACCUCUGACCGCAGAUCGAAGGAGUGGGAGGAGCGUCGCCGACAGAACAUUGAGAAGAUGAAUGAGGAGAUGGAGAAGAUUGCGGAGUAUGAGCGGAACCAGCGGGAAGGGGUGCUCGAACCCAACCCAGUGCGGAAUUUUCUGGAUGACCCCCGGCGUCGCAGUGGACCGCUGGAGGAGCCUGAGCGGGACCGCCGUGAGGGUAGCCGCCGGCACGGGCGCAACUGGGGGGGCACUGACUUUGAGCGGGUGCGCUGCGGCCUGGAGCAGGAGCGGCAGGGCCGCCGGGCUGGCCUGGGCGGAGCUGGCGAUAUGACACUGUCCAUGACGGGCCGAGAGCGCUCUGAGUACCUGCGCUGGAAGCAGGAGAGGGAGAAGAUAGACCAAGAGCGGCUGCAGCGACAUCGCAAGCCCACAGGCCAGUGGCGGCGGGAGUGGGAUGCAGAGAAGACCGAUGGCAUGUUCAAGGAUGGCCCUCCCCCUGCCCCCUCCCACGAAGCCACCCACCGUUACGAUGACCAGGCCUGGGCCCGGCCCCCAAAGCCCCCCACAUUUGGGGAGUUUCUCUCGCAGCAUAAAGCUGAGGUCAGCAACCGCAGAAGGAAGAACAGCCGACCCCAGGCCAAGGCUGCGCCCCGUGUAUACAGUGACCAUGAUGACCGCUGGGAGAGCAAAGAGGAGGCAGUGUCCCCAGCCCCCGAGGCCUUGCCGCCCCCUGCCCCGAAGGAAACGCUGGUGCAGCCUCCCGAGACCCAGGCCCUUGUCCAUCGGCCACCUGAGGAUGAGGGCGAGGAGGACUGUGCGGGGGAGGAGGGCGAGGAGGACGACGACGAUGGGGUGGAGGAGGAUGAAGAAUGGGAGGAUGUAAGUGAGGAUGUGACUGAGGAGGAAGAGGAGGAACCUGAGGAGGAAGAGGGUGCUGAGGAGCCAGAGCAAGCCCAAGCCCAAGACCACUCCAUCUUGGAAGCUGAGCCCAUCCGGGACCCCACCGUGGACCAGGCCAACCCAGCACCUCCCAGGCCCCAGGAGUCCCUGGAGCCUGGGGAACCAGAGGAGCCCCAGGAGCCCCAGGAGCUCUCCCCAGCCCCAGCCACGCCUUCCAGCCCCUUCUCAACACCCACCGGCCAUCAGCCUGUGCCUGACUGGGGAGGUGACCAGCCAGCACCUGCCUUCUUGGAGAGUGGGCCCAACCUCCCAGGAGCCCAGAAAGCUGAAGAGGAGGGGUCUGAGGCAACUCCAGAGGCGGGCCCCAAGAGCCAGGAGAUGGCGGAGAUCACGGACUUCCACAGGGCCUCCCCGAAUUCCUGAAGACGCUGCUGGGCGGGGACAGAAGCUCCGGGCCCCGGUGGGGAGGGAGCGGCAGGAGGGGGCUAUUCGCUCUCCGGGCAGUGGUCCUUCCAGGACCCGCCGUGGUCCCAGGGCUCCAGGGAACGGGAGAAAGGGAGGAUGAGUGCUGGAGGUGCUGGGGGUAGGAGCCUGGCCGGGGUGAGGGGCGCAGCUGGAACCUCGCAGGACCGGGGUAGGCUCAACACCCGUGUGGCAGGACACCGGGAACCCAGAUUGGCGCUGUGAGGGGCGGGGGCCGGUGGGCGGGG